GAGAAAGAGAGAAAGAGAGAAAGAGAGAGCAGGUGAAACGACAGGAUGAUCCGUCUGUUGCUGAUCUGCUUCGUCUCCUGCGUCGUCCUCGGCAGCAGCGAGCAAACAGAGAAGAAGAGCGAAGUGAUCGAGGAAGAGCCGCUCUCUCACCUCGAGGACCAACACGACCACGACCACGACCAAGACCACGACCAAGACCACGAGCACGGAGCUCUUCUGGAACCAGAUGGAGCGAGAAGCUUCAACCAGCUCGCCCCAGAGGAGAGCAUCACUCAGCUCGCAAUCCUCGUGGACAGAAUCGACGCAGACAAAGACGAUUUCAUCUCCGAGGACGAACUGAAGAUCUGGAUCCAAAACGUUCAGAGGAACUACACGAAUGGACAAGUGGAGGAUCGGUGGAAGGACUUCGACACGGACGAGGACGGCCUGAUCAGCUGGGACGAGUAUAAGAACGUCUCGUACGGCAGCUACAUGGACGACCCUCUCACGAAAGAAGAUGUCAACAUCCCCCAGAUGCUGCAGGAGGAGCGACGCUUCAGAGCCGCCGACACCGACGCCGAUCUGAAGCUCCACAAACUCGAGUUCAACGCUUUCCUUCAUCCGGAAAACUUCCAUCACAUGAGGGACGUGGUGGUUCAGGAAACGAUAGACGACUUUGACAAGAACGGAGACGGUUCCAUCGACGUGAACGAGUUCAUGGAUGAACUGUUCCCUCCAGGAAACGAUGAUAACGAUUCGGAUUUGAUGGAGAAGCAACGUCAGGACUUCCUCGAGGAAAAAGACAUGAACAAAGACGGGAAAGUGGACAAACAGGAACUGAUGGAGUUGAUGUUUCCGGCUAAUCAUGACGCCGCCGACUCUGAAGCCAAACACCUCCUGAAGGAGUCCGACACCAACCAGGAUGGAAAACUGACCAAGUCGGAGAUUCUGGACAAUCACAAGCUGUUUGUUGAAAGUCAGGUGACGAACUACGGAGAAGCUGUGGUGCCACACGACGAGUUGUAGAUCUGUGGAUGGUUUUCAGAUUAAAUAAACAUGAUUUCACUUUGAAUGAUGAA